CUCUGCUUCCUCCAGCUUUAUUUCUCCAGAGCCGUCAACUCUCUAGAACCACGCGUACGACACUUCCCCUUUUCUUCUGGAGCUUCAUUGAGGUCGUCCGGAUACGGCGGAAGCUAAUUUGAGAAUGUCGGCCUUCAGUCGCAACCUGUGCAGCGCUGCAUCACGAUCUCUCCGACAGCGGUCCGGCGUCAGCUGCAGGGCAGUGAGGCCAAUUGCUAUCAGGGCUGCAUCCUCGACCCCAAUUACCACGCGUACGGCUGCAGCAGCGCCCUUCUCCACCAUGUCCUCCCUCAAGAGCGCCGCCCCGCCGGCCCCCAACAAGCGAGAGUACGACCCCGAGAUCAAGGACAUUGCCAGCUAUGUCCACAAUACCCCUAUUGACUCCGAGCUCGCGUACGAUACCGCCCGCUGGGUCUUCGUUGAUACGCUCGGCUGCGGUCUGAAGGCUCUCGAAUUCGAGCAAUGCAGGAACAUUCUCGGCCCCGUCGUGGAAGGCACUAUUGUGCCCAAUGGCACAAAGGUCCCUGGCACCAAUUACCAGCUCGACCCCGUGAACGGUGCCUUCAACAUCGGCGCCAUGAUUCGAUGGCUAGACUUCAACGACUGCUGGCUGGCGGCCGAGUGGGGCCACCCCUCGGACAACCUGGGUGCAAUUCUUGCAACUGCCGACUGGAUCUCACGAACAAACAGGGCUGGAGGAAAGCUCGGCAACGGCAAGGUCCUCAAGGUCAGGGAUGUGCUCGAGGCCAUGAUUAGGGCACACGAGAUCCAGGGCUGCAUGGCGCUGGAGAACUCGUUCAACAAAGUUGGGCUCGAUCACGUCGUGCUCGUCAAGCUCGCCUCGACGGCAGUAGUAGCUAAGAUGCUGGGCCUCACUGAGGCUCAGACCCGCGAUGCCAUCUCCCAGGCCUGGGUCGAUGGCCAGGCCCUGCGAACCUACAGGCACUCGCCCAACACCAUGUCCCGCAAGUCGUGGGCCGCUGGUGACGCUUGCCAGAAGGCUGUGAAUCUUGUCCUGAAGGUGCUCAAGGGCGAGCAGGGCAUGCCCACCGUCCUCUCUGCCCCCACGUGGGGAUUCUACGACGUCAACUUUGGGGGCAAGAAGUUCCAGUUCCAGAGACCGUAUGGCAGCUACGUCAUGGAGAAUGUCCUCUUCAAAGUGUCGUACCCUGCCGAGUUCCACUCGCAGACCGCUGUCGAGGCUGCACAGCGUCUAAACAAGAAGUUGAAGGCAAUGGGCAAGACCGCCGAAGACAUCGAGAGCGUCGUUAACCGGACGCACGAGGCCUGCAUCCGCAUCAUCGAUAAGCAAUUCAAGCCUAUGGAGAACUUUGCCGACCGUGACCACUGUGUGCAGUAUAUGGUCGCCACCAUGUUCGUGUUCAACCGCCUAGAGGCCACCGACUAUCCCGAUGAUAGCGAGGCUGCCACCUCAGCGCUGGUGGAGUCGCUCAGGCAGCGCAUCUCCUGCGUGGAAGACCCUCAGUUCACGAAGGACUACCACGAUCCCGAGAAGCGCACCAUUUCCAAUGCUCUUACCGUGAAGCUCAAGGACGGCACCGUCCUCGAAGAAGAAGUUGUUGAGGCUCCUCUAGGCCACCGUCUGCGACGAGAGGAAGCAAAGCCGGAAAUACUUGAAAAGUACCGGAGGCAUUUAGGACCGCAUUUCCCGGCCGACCAUGUUGCGAAACUCGUUCAACUCGCUGAAGAUGGAAAGACGCUCGAUAAUCUUGAUGUCGAUAAAUACGUCGACAUGUACGUUAAGCAAUAAAUGGUAAGGGUGGGGUCCUAGGUAGAUUAAGAAUCGGUCUCGUCUUGCGCUGAGUCUUCAGACUCCACACAUCUUGGUUCGUGCAGCGUCCCUCUACAUCCA